AUGCCAAGGAAAGCAACUGCUUCAGAAUCUGUCGCACCUACAACUACAUCUACAGUAAAUCUUCGUAUACCACGAUUUUGGAAAGAAAAUCCGGCCAUUUGGUUUGCUCAGUUGGAUGCUCAAUUUGAAAACCAUAACGUGGUUAACGAAAGCUCCAAAUAUUUUGCUGCUCUGCCUGAAGUUCUUUCUCAAGUAACUGAUAUUAUCCUGCAACAGCCAAGAGAUGCGUACUCAAAGAUAAAACAACGGCUUAUUGACCAUUUUUCCAUUUCCGAAGAGAAUCGUAUAAAAACACUUUUAAAAGAACUACCAAUUGGAGAUAAGAAACCUAGUUUUCUUCUCCGUGAAAUACGUAAUCUUGCAAACGAUGGUGUAAAAGAUGAAUUUCUCCGCACUAUGUGGAUUCAACGCUUACCCACCCAAGCUCAAGCAAUUUUGGCCACUUCAUCUGAACCCUUAGAUAUUUUGGUAUUAUGGCCGAUAAAAUCGUUGAUAUUUCAGUUAGUUGUUUAA